AUGAAGUACGGAUGGAGGGUCCCCCACAACACCCAGUCACUCAUCGUCAGAGGGGUCUGCCAAGCCAUCAUCGAUGAGUACAUGCCCGAGGUGAUGAACUGCCCCACCACUCCUGAGGGAUGGCGUGCCAUGUCUGACAAGUUCCUCCAGAAGUGGAACUUCCCCCAUACAUGUGGAGCACUAGAUGGGAAGCACAUUGCCUGCAAGUGUCCUCAAAAGAGUGGUUCCCAAUACUUCAACUAUAAGGGAUUCUACUCUGUUGUACUCAUGGCCCUUGUAGACGCGGACUACAAGUUCAUCUGGGCAGACCUCGGUGGUACAGGAUCAGCAUCAGACGCACAGAUCUACAAUAACUCUGAAAUCAAGGAAUUUGCUGAAGACGGUACCAUCGGAUUCCCGGCCCCAGAUCCUCUACCCAAUGACUACCAGGAUGUCCCCUACUUCUUCAUCGGCGACGAUGCCUUCGCCCUCCGAGAGACCAUGAUGAAGCCAUACAGCCUCAGGGGUCUGGACAAUGAAGAGAGGAUAUUUAACUACAGGCUUUCCCGCGCCAGGAGGGUGGUUGAAAAUGCAAUAAUGCUGCAAUCUGGAAAGACUGCCGUUGAUAUAGGCACUUUGUCACGUGAUCGAGAUACGCUGGACAUACGCAGUUCAUACGCUAGCCAUACGCAGAGUAUGCUGGCCAUACGCUUGUCAUACGCUGUCAUACGCUAG